GUGUAGAGCGUCCUUCUCCAUUCUCCAAAAUGCCAUAAAUACUCCAUUUUGAGAAAGCAAGCAAAAGGACGCUAAUGGAUUCUUCUAUAUCUGUCUCUGCCUUUGCUUCGAGAACUGUUUGUCUAACAUGUGGGGAUGAAGGAGAUGUCAAGCUUCUUAUAUAUUGCUUGAAGUGUCGUGAUUCUUCAGUACACCACUAUUGCCUAGAGAAUUUCUCCGUUGAUCAUGACAGUAUCGAUUGGAUAUGUUGUGACUGUGCUCCCAAAGUUGCUAAGGUUGAGCAGUUCAGAAAGAGUGAACGGAUAAGUGUGCGAACAAUCCGUGCUUUUGAUGUUCGAGUGGAAUGGAGAAGAAAGCUUAACCGUCGUAAACUAAAAGCUUUAAGGUUACAUAAGGCUAGACAUGACGCACGUGGAGCAGUCCAAUCAUCUAUUACCCAUAGUCCUUUGCACCUUUUGCGAAAGGAGAACCCUUCACAUAUUGAAACUAAGAAACACAAAGACAUUGGAGAAGAGUGUGGAGAUGUAUGCUAUUCUGAACAGCAAAUCGAAUCAGUAAAAGCAGGGAACACUUCGCUAGUAGGCAAACACCAGGAAACUUAUUGUUCAACAUUGAACAAAGAGGAAGGUGGAAUGGUAGAAAGAAUUCAAUUAAGAGGUGACUCUUCUGUGCAAGAUCCAAAGAUUGCUCAGUCACUUACUGAAAUUGGAAAACAAGAGAUGAGAAAGCCAAGGAGGAGGUUUGUAGUUCUUGAUGAUGAUGGUGAUUUUGAGGGAGAGGGUGGGGAAAUUGGUGGAAAUUUUCCUUCUUCAUUCUCUGAUGAGCAUUAUUUUCCACUCAACACUUUGUAUGGUGAUCCUCAAGUAGAAUCUGCAAAUUGUUUGCCAGCACAACCUGUUAUUGAUCCCAUUUGGAGGGGAUGUUUUAUCUUCAAUAGAGAAAGUGAAAGCAGUAUUACUAUCUUAGCUCAUUUGUCAAACAAAGCCUGUGAAAAGGCAUCUGUAGCAGCUAAUAGCCUUCCUGUGAAACUUGAUAUAAAACUUAUGGCUAAGAGUGAUGUAUGGCCGAGGAGUUUCGUGAGGUUGCCACCAACAGACUGCAGUAUUGCUUUGUAUCUCUUUCCUGAGCUUGAAGGGGAUGAAAAUUCUUAUGAUGCUCUGUUGGAAGAUGUUUUUGACAAUGAUCUUGCAAUGAGCGCAAUGAUUGAUGACUUGGAGCUUUUGAUUUUUUCAUCUCGUGUUCUGCCACAGAAACAUUGGAGGCUACGUAGGAAGUACUAUUUGUGGAGCGUGUUUAGACAUAAGUCACCCUCACGCUCAAGAAUACCAACUGCUAACAUUUUUGCACAAACUAGCGGCAUUCAGAAUGCAGCUGUUAGCCAUCUCCUAAAUGAAGUCGAAGGUGCACAUACAGAUAGUUCUCAGGGCCAGAGUUCCCCUUGUCCCUUUAGCAUUUUAAAAGAUGCGAAUUCUGGCAGUCCUCAGGGCCACUUCCCAAGUCCCUUGAGCUCCUGUUGUAACAGUACCUCUAAAAAAGAUUCUCCUUGUCAUCCUGAGAGUAGACUCAAUAAAGGAGUAGGCUUCUCACCUUGUUUAUAACUGUACACCCCUCCAUUGGUGACGGCCAGACAAAGGAUAUAGCUCAUAUUUUGAUGGUAAAAUAUUACACCACUUAUCGUUGAAAAACUUAGUGUUGUAUUGCAAACUUCUCAUGUAUGUACAAAUUUUAUACGACAUGAGCUUAGCUUUCGUUCAUUUUCCGUAUCACCUCAUCUCAAAGUUGUUCAUGUAUAAUGUAAACUUUCAGAUGGAAGUAUAUUCUUUAGAGACGAAAUCAAACUCGAACUCAUGGAGGAUGUGCACUUUAGGAGGAAAGCCUUUGUAAGUGGAAGCAAUUUUCAGUA